AUGCAAGAGCAACCGCAGCCACAAGAAAACAGGCAGCGGCAGAGCUGCGACGCCAUUUCUUUAGCCAUAGAGGCAUCCGUGACUCUGGCCCCUUGCGCAUCCACAGCAGCUCCUGUGAACUCAACAACUCCAGACGUCACUGAGGAACCUGUGACCAUAGCUCCCCCGACACUUCUGUCCUCUCCCUGGAGUGGUGGAGCUGCGAUCCCAGGAGACCACAAAGGUAGCCGAGGGGACAGCCACACCAGAGCCCCGGAUGGCAACAUCCGCCACAGCAGCGGCAACACCAGCCGCAGUGGCGAGGCGCUACUGACCCCAGAGGCACACGCGGUAACAAUGAGCGCAGAAGCCGUGGAAGGAGGGAACUGCCAAUCCUAUACUAUAACCAGAGGCAGCUCAGGUAAGAGAAACGGAAACUGGUGCUACAGGACCAUCUGCUGA